CUCUGUCCCAGCUUCAUGCCCCUCGCAGAUCUCACCCCAAACUUUGCCCUUGGAAAGCACAAUUUGGCGGUGACAGCCAGGCCCUCUCCGCCGGUCGGUGGCAGGGCAGGGUGCCGGCGGGGACGGACCGUGGGGCUUCCCGGCCGGCCGGCGCUGCCCGCCUCGGGGACCAGCGCUGCCAACUUUCUUUCUGCAUCGCCUGGGCUCGCUGGGACGCCGCGUCCCCGCCGGAGGGGAUGGGAGGAGGAGGCUGGGGCUGUUCGGCGGCCGUACCUGGCGGGGCCGGGCUCCCCUCGGGGCCGGGGGGCCCCGCUGCCCCGGGAGCGCCUUGACCCCGCCGGCACCGCCAAGAGUGGGUCUGUGAAGGCAGGGAAGAUGCCAGAAGGAGAGAAAAUGGGACAAUGUAAGCAAGAAGAGGAGCAGCAACAGAAAGAGGAGCAGGAGGGUCUGAUCGAAUUCUACAGUUCCUACCAGGAGCUAUUCCAGUUCUUCUGCAGCAACACGACCAUCCACGGGGCUAUCCGCCUGGUGUGCUCCAAAAAGAAUAAGAUGAAGACAGCCUUCUGGUCCGUCCUCUUCUUUCUCACCUUCGGCUUAAUGUACUGGCAGUUCGGGAUCCUCUACAGGGAGUACUUCAGCUACCCUGUCAACCUCAACCUCAACCUGAACUCCGACAGGCUGACUUUCCCGGCCGUGACGCUGUGCACCCUCAAUCCGUACAGAUACAGCGCCAUCCGUAAGCAGCUGGAUAAGCUGGACCAAAUCACCCAGCAGACACUGCUAGACCUCUAUGACUACAACAUGUCUCUGCCACAGGAAGACUGGUCCACAUCGUCCUCACAAAAGCGUAGCUCAAGGAGCCUGCUUCAUCACGUCCAGCGCCAUCCUUUGCGGAGGCAGAAGCGGGACAACAUAGUCAACUUGCCAGAGAACAGUCCCUCAGUGGACAAGAAUGACUGGAAAAUUGGCUUUGUUCUGUGCAAUGAAAACAACGACUGCUUCCAUCAGGCGUACUCCUCGGGAGUGGAUGCCGUGCGGGAGUGGUACAGCUUUCACUACAUCAAUAUCCUGGCACAGGUGCCUGAUGCAAAAGCCCUGGACGAGUCUGACUUUGAGAAUUUCAUCUAUGCUUGCCGCUUCAAUGAGGCAACGUGUGACAAGGCGAACUACACGCACUUCCACCAUCCCUUGUAUGGCAACUGCUACACCUUUAACGACAACAGCAGCAGCGUGUGGACAUCCUCGAUGCCUGGGAUCAAUAAUGGUCUCUCUCUGGUGGUGCGCACCGAGCAGAACGAUUUCAUCCCUCUGCUGUCCACGGUGACAGGAGCCAGGGUCAUGGUCCACGAUCAGAAUGAGCCAGCCUUCAUGGACGAUGGGGGUUUCAACGUUCGCCCUGGCAUCGAGACCUCCAUCAGCAUGAGAAAGGAGAUGACCAUGCGCCUCGGGGGCAGUUACAGCGACUGCACAGAGGAUGGCAGUGACGUGCCGGUGCAAAACCUGUACUCGUCCCGCUACACCGAGCAGGUCUGCAUUCGCUCCUGCUUUCAGCUCAACAUGGUAGAACGCUGUGGCUGUGCAUAUUACUUCUAUCCCUUGCCCCACGGAGCAGAGUACUGUGACUACACGAAGCACAAAGCCUGGGGCUACUGCUAUUACAAACUCCUGGCUGAAUUCAAAGCUGACGUGCUGGGCUGUUUCCGCAAGUGUCGGAAACCUUGCAAAAUGACAGAAUACCAGUUGUCAGCUGGAUACUCCCGCUGGCCUUCUGCUGUCUCAGAGGACUGGGUUUUCUAUAUGCUUUCACAACAGAACAAAUACAAUAUCACAUCCAAGAGGAACGGAGUUGCCAAAGUGAAUAUCUUUUUUAAGGAGUGGAACUACAAGACCAAUCUGGAGUCUCCAGCCUUCACGGUAGUGACUCUGCUGUCCCAGCUUGGGAACCAGUGGAGUCUCUGGUUCGGAUCCUCUGUCCUGUCUGUGAUGGAGCUUGCAGAGCUGGUUCUGGAUUUCAUUGCCAUCACCUUUAUCCUGGGCUUCCGCUGGUUCCGCUCUCGGCAGAAGCUACCUCCGCCGAUACCCGCUCUGAGCAGCCAGGAUAACGCUGCUUUCCAGGAUGAGGCACCAGCUCUCCAUGCUCCACAUCGCUUCACUGUUGAGGCUGUAGUGACCACGCUGCCACCCUACAACAGCCUGGAACCACGUGGGCCGAGCAGGGAUGGUGAGGAGGGACACGAGUGA